AUGGCAGACAACUGGCUGGCCGAUAUCAUUUUGGGCAUCGGCGUUAAUGUGGCGGUACUGCUGCUCUGCUGGCUGCGGGGCACACCCUCAAGCACAGGGCUGCAGCUUUCGAGUAACACACGGAGAGCUGCGGAGAACAGGAACGGUCUUAGCGUUUAUGCAACGUUUCCGAGCCACUUCAGCAGCGGACUGUGCGGCGAAGACGUGCAGCUGGCAGGGGGUGUCGUGAUCGCAGUGGCCAUUACGGUGUAUAUGGCGACCGAGAUCACAGCGACGGCGUCGAGCAUGAGUCGAGGCGCAUUAACGUGA